CCGCGCAUGCGCAGUGAGAGCCAACAUUUCGUCAUGGCCGACACGGGCUGGCCAGGCUGUGCGAGGAGUUUGAAAGGUGUCAUAUUGGACAUGUGUGGCGUUUUAUACGACAGCGGGGAGGGCGACGGGGUGGCCAUUGCUGGCUCAGUAGAAGCUGUGAAGAAGCUCAAGGCGUCUGACCUGCAGCUGCGCUUCUGCACCAAUGAGACGCAGGCGGCCAGAGAGACGUUCGUAGCCAAGCUCCAGAGGCUGGGCUUUGACAUCAAGGUGUCUGAGGUCUUCUCUCCUGCUCCUGCAGCCGUAGCUGUCCUCAAGGAGAGGGGGUUAAGGCCUCACCUGCUUGUGUAUGAUGGACUUCUCUCCGAGUUUGACAGUGUGGACCAGUCCAACCCAAACUGUGUGGUGAUUGGAGACGCAGCGGAGAAAUUUUCCUACCAGAACCUGAACGAGGCAUUCAGGGUCCUUGUAGGCCUUGAUAAGCCAAUGCUGUUCUCUCUGGGCCAAGGGAGGUACUACAAAGAGACAGAUGGUUUGAAUCUAGAUGUCGGAGCUUACAUGAAGGCUCUGGAGUAUGCCUGUGAUUUAAAGGCUGAAGUAGUUGGAAAGCCGUCCCCAACAUUCUUCCAGAGUGUUCUCAAUGACAUGGGGCUUCAACCGCAUGAGGUAUUGAUGAUUGGGGACGAUCUGGUGAAUGACGUGGGCGGGGCCCAACACUGCGGAAUGAAAGGCGUACAAGUCAGGACUGGAAAAUACAGGCCCUGUGACGAGAGGCACUCAACGGUAACGGCUGACGGCACUGUGGACAACCUGUCUCAGGCUGUGGACAGCAUCCUCAAUCAAAGGCACUGAGGAGACAGGCAGCAGACACUGGGAAUCUCUCCAUUUACCGUGACCCUGGGUGAUACAGGCUAAUGUCUGGUGUCUAUUUUCCUAUAACUCUUGAAGGAAAGGUUGUACUUCGUUGAGGUAUUUCAAAAAGAUGUCACAGCUAAAAUACCAUCCAAAUACUGUGUAUCCUGUAACCGUCACAUCUCAUUAAACCUUAAAAUAUGGGAAACGCCCAACCAUCUGAUGCUCCACAUAUAUGUGCAACGAACUAGAAUUCAAUUUGCAGAACUAUUACCGAAGUCUACAAGAGAUAAGCGUAACACGUUAGGACUGCACUGUGCGUUUGAAAGUACAUGAUUGGCAUAGAUAAGAUACCUCAAGUCCACACUGUGCCUGUAAUCAGCUGCUGACUGACAGUUAGGAGGGUAAAGUAACGCUGUAUGUGUUUAGACUCGCUGCUAAUGUUACACACUGAGACCAUUUGUAGUCUGACUGGAAAUGCAGUAGUGUAUUUUUAACAUACAUUUAUUAAUGCAAGUAGCUGGUCAUAUGAAGGUAAUGUUGCUGUCACUCACUCCCUUUACACAAAACAUGCACAACCUUAAUAUACCGAGGUUAAGCCAGUAAUGCAAGUCUUGUAUCAAUAAAGCUAUUUUUAUUUUAUAGCUGAAACAUUUGUCUCCCUAAAUUCGCCAAUUUGUAUGAGUCACAGAAAUUGUUAUUUCUCUUUAAAAGGGCUCAAGGUUGAAAACGUUGCCUUGGCUCUCGGGUGUGA